CUCUUUCGUAUUUGCUGUGUGAAAAUGGCGCCCGGCGACUCCUCAAAAAAGGCCGAUACGGGCAAGCGCUCCCUUGGCAACGAAGAUGCCACCGACGGCGCUCUGAAAGGAGGCCGCCGUCCUAAUGGCGACGCGGACGCGAUGGACGUUGACGACCACCCACGCCCGGACAUGGGCGAGUUCGAGGAUGAGUUUGAAGACGAGUUUGAGAGCGAAGAUGAGGUCAUUGAAGCUGGCGUUGACGGUAGGCCGGAUGCCGAGCGUGAGGCGGAGGAGAAAGCUGGUGCCAUGGAAGUCGACGGCGGCGGCCCCGGUACCUUCAUUGUCGGCCGCUCCCAGCUCGAAGCGGGCCAGACCUUGACGCCCGAUCCCACGACGUACGAUAUGCUACACAGCCUGAGCACACCGUGGCCCUGCCUAUCUUUUGACGUGAUACGAGAUGGCCUCGGCGACAACCGCAAGGUGUAUCCUGCCACCAUGUACACGGUCGCUGGCACGCAAGCAGAGACGUCCAGGUCCAACGAGAACCAGAUCAUGGUUAUGAAGUUUAGUGGUCUGAGCAAGAUGGAUAAAGGUGGUCUGGACGAAGACUCGGAUGAUGACGACGACGAUAACGACGAAGACGCCGAUCCCAUCCUAGAGAGCAAGUCGAUCCCUCUGACGUCGACUACAAACCGAAUUCGUGCCCAUCAAACACCGGCUCAGGGUGGUCGCCAGGCAACGACACUCACAGCUACCAUGACCGAGUCCUCAAACGUUUUCAUUCACGACAUCACGCCGCAUCUCGCCUCCUUCGACACCCCUGGCACAAUCAUCACGCCGCAACAGAACAAGCCCUUGUGCACCAUCAGGGCGCACAAGUCUGAAGGUUAUGCUGUAGAUUGGGCGCCGGUCAGCUCGCAUGCCGCGGGCCGGCUGAUGACUGGCGACAACGAUGGAUUGAUGUACAUGACGACAAGAACCGACGGCGGCGGUUUCGUCACAGACACGAGGCCAUUCGCUGGGCACACCAGCAGUGUCGAGGAUAUCCAGUGGAGCCCUUCAGAGGCAUCCGUGUUUGCAUCCGCCUCGAGCGACGGCACUGUUCGCGUUUGGGAUAUUCGCAGCAAGAGCCGUGCCGCCGCUCUGACGGUCAAGAUCUCGGACGCGGACGUCAACGUGGCCAGCUGGUCGCGACUUACGACACAUCUGUUGGCGACAGGAGACGACAACGGCACCUGGGCUGUGUGGGAUCUCCGACAGUGGAAGCCCUCGACCAACAACAAGGCGUCUACCCCGACAUCGAUCGCCAGCUUUUCGUACCACAAGGAGCAAAUCACCAGUCUCGAGUGGCACCCGUCAGACGACAGCAUCAUGGCGGUUGCGGCGGGCGACAACACGGUUACGUUAUGGGACUUGGCGGUGGAGCUCGACGACGAGGAGAGCCGGGACACGGCAGGCGUGCAGGACGUGCCACCACAGCUGCUUUUUGUGCACUACCACGAAAACGCAAAGGAGCUGCACUGGCACCCGCAGAUACCCGGUAGCCUGGUAGUGACAGGGCAUGAGUUUAGCGUUUUCAAGACGAUUAGUGUCUAG